AUGUGCAAAAAGACUUGCCUAAAUCCACAGGCUCCCCAAGCUCUCCUGAAUAUUCCACUAUUCUCAAGAACGCUCCUGGAGAAUGGACACUCCCCAACCGUAAGUGAAGUUAUCAGAGGCACACAAAUGGAGGAAUCAAGAGGUUCAUUAAUUCUAAAAUUAUCAAACCUUGAUGUCAGAUCCUUGAGGGCUUUCUACUCGCUAAGCUUGGUAAUAGGUUUCUCUGAGAAGACCGACUUCGACCAUAAUAAUCAAUUCGAACCAAAUGUCGAGAUAACAGUCGGUGGCGAAUUAUACGGCUCUACUCGACAUUAUCUCACACUCCAGAUAGGUGGGAUUCAACGUAUUUUUCUUGCGUCAACCUUGGCUUCCGAUUUUACUGCACACCAUCUUGCGAGACUGGGAGACGGAAUGUUGCAGAUAGCAUGGUUUGAGUUCUGCACAUUAGUUUUUCUGCGUGCUAUGCCAAUAAUCAAGGCCCUAAAACCUGGUUUUAAAUCUCAAAGGACAUAUUGCCCUACUUUGACAUCAGGAUGA